AUGGUGAAAAGGGACAAAGCAUUCUGGGUCGACAAACCUGGUGCUAAUGCUUACACUCUACAUGACGCCUAUUAUAACUACGGCAUGACCACUGAAAAGGUUCUGCCACCACAUCAAGAUGUUUUUCCACGUUCGUACCAAUACGACCUUGAUUGCGUUAAAUAUCGACGUCACCAUGCCUGUGAUGGAUUGAAGUCAAAUGAAAGUGACGUGAAGAAACCUCUAGCAGCGCAUUGCAAUAUAUGCACCACUGCGAAAGCACGAGCAGGUACAUCAGAUCGUGUUUUCGGGAGCGAAUCAACACAGAAACGUUGGAGAUAUUAUCCUGAUGUAACGGCUACCUUGACGCCUGAUGAAAUAAGGCAGAGAAUGGAUGAGGUGGGUCGACCAUUCAAAAAUGAAGCCUGUAGGUGGUACAAUAAGCAUUAUCCGACACAAAAAUAUAAUUGCAUCAUGCGAAAAUUUUCUAAGUAA